UCAUAAGCUAUUUUGGCCCUUCACUCUAGAUAUGUAUGGAUAACACAAUGUGACACAUAUUGCUAUACUCAAAAUACUAUAUAUUAUAUUAUAUAUAAACAAAACAUAUACACUCAAAAUAUCUUUCAUUUCAUGUACUUUUUAGGUUUGUUUGCUUUCUUCUUCUAAUCCAUUUGUUUUGUCUAUUAGCAAAAGAAUUAAGCACAAUGCAUCAUCACACCCAUCAAUACCCUCUUCCUUGUUUGCAUUGUCAUCCACAUAGCUAUAUUAGGAUGGUUCAAAAUUUGAUAGAGAGAUGCUUGAUGUUUCAAAUGAGUCAAGACCAAUGCAUUAAGACGUUAGAAGAACAUGCAGGGAUUGAGCCACUUGUUACUCUUACAGUGUGGAGAGAAUUGCAAAAGGAGAAUGAGGAGUUCUUUAGAGCAUAUUUGCAACAACUUAUCCCUCCAAAAUUCCAUCAAUGAUGGAUCAAGGACUAAAAAUAAUGUUGAUUGAUUAUAAUAAGGAAUAAGUUGUAGGAUUUAUUUGGUUAGUUUUUCCUUUAGAAUUUGUGAUUAUGAAGCAUAUAUAUUAUAGUGUUUAAUGGCUAUAGUUAUUUUUUUUAAUGUUUUCUAAAUAUAUCUUGGUUUAAUGUAAACCCUCAAUGUGACAAAAGUGAUUAAAGUAUUUUAUAUUUACUUUUGCAA